AUGAACGCCGAUACCAUAUCAGAUUUCUUGGAGGGGAAGCGUGAUGAAGCACCAGCGGACUCGCAACAUCUGUAUAUGACUUUCGAGGAUCUGUGGGAGCGAAAGUUAUGGCAUCAGUUGACAGACGCCCUGCUCGAGUUUUUCAAUACCGAAGAAAGUGCACCUCAGCGACUUCAAUUCUACAAAACCUUCAUCCUCACAUUCGCUGAUAAGAUCAAUCAACUGAAGCUUGUCACUCUUGCUCUCGGGGCCGCAUCCCAGUGUCGGGACUCACAAGAACGACUAUCUUUCCUGGAGGCUGCGGCGAAGAAGGUUGACAACCCCAAUAGCCAGGACGCCUUUGUUUAUGCUACGGUUGCUGUCGCGACUGUGAAGUUGGAGCUUAAGGAUUUGGAGGGUACAAGAAAGGAUCUGGACAAAUCGGAGAAGAUUCUAGAUGGGUUCGAUUCCGUUGAAACUAUCGUCCACGCCGCUUUCUACAGAGUCAACGCGGAGUACUAUCAGUCCAAAGCAGAUUUUGCCGCAUACUAUCGCAAUGCGCUCCUAUACCUGGCGUGUAUCGACCUAAACCAGUUGACUCCCGAAGAACGAAGAAACCGUGCAUACGAUCUGAGCAUAGCAGCUCUAAUUUCGGAUACAAUCUACAAUUUUGGAGAACUCUUGUUACACCCUAUCCUCGAUACCUUGACGAAAGACGAUGCAUGGCUUCGAGACCUUUUGUUUGCCUUCAACCGGGGGGAUCUUGCUGCAUAUGACGUUCUGGCUGGGCACAUUUCUUCAAAUUCGCUGCUCUCCGAACAUCGCGACGGUCUUCGACAAAAGAUCUAUCUAGCCGCUCUUACUGAAACCAUUUUCCGAAGGCCGCCUCACGACCGAGCUAUGUCGUUCCGCACAAUCGCUGAGGAGACCAAGGUUAGACCUGACGAAAUCGAACAUUUGGUUAUGAAGGCACUGAGCUUGGGACUACUGCGCGGAAGUAUCGACCAAGUAGAUGAGAUUGCACGUAUCAACUGGGUACAGCCGAAGGUACUAGAUAUGAGCCAGAUUGACGGCAUGCGGACAAGACUACAAGAAUGGGACUCGAGUGUCAAUCAGUUAGGUAACUGGAUCGAGACAAAGGGACAGGAUGUUUGGGCUGCGUAA